GCGCGCCUGCGGGCAGGUCUGCAUUUUCCCCACGGUUUCCCCUGAUGGCGGCGGCCUGUCUGGACUUGUCUUGUCCUUUUGUCCAACUUUUGUAACGCGAAAAAUAAGCUCACUGUUUGUGAAUAAACAUCAUGCGAUUUCUGUUCAAUCUGAUUAAAAACAGGAGACACAAUGUGCUAAGAAGGAGCUGCCAUAUGUUCGUAUAUUCCCUUUUCUUUUUUUCCUCCACCCUGUCCCACUGGACUCCCUAUGGGAGGGACUACUGCGUGCAUCACCCAGGGGGGAAUCCGAAUGACCUCCUCACUGAUGAGACACGGGCUCGAGACGAUGAAACCUCUCUUUUAUCCUGUGUGUAGGCCCACUUUGGUCCCGCGCGUGGAAUAGCUGUGUGCGCAGAGUCGCGGCGGCGUUUGAACUGAAAGGCAUCUGGCACUCGCUCCAACCGUGCGAUGGCCAGCCCAGAUGGGAUCGAGCCGGCGGCUCAAAGCUCGACGGCCCAAAGCCUGGCUAGAAGGCGCUUUUCUCAUGACAUUCACGAUAUGUCUCCAGACGAGAUAGAUGGCCUCAUGUCCAGCAGUGACGGUCGCCCUUUCCAUGUGGUGCAUCAUCUUCCUGAAAUGAAAGAUGAGGGUGUGCCUUUCUUAAUGCCUGGUAUACCUAUUACAUGCAGAGUGGACAACACAGAGAAAUACACGACUCGCUCAAAGGUCCAUGUAGGCACCCUGUAUACCGUGCAGCUCACACAUGGCCACUUCCACUGGGUUGUGAAGAGGAAGUACAAGCGAUUCCAAGAGCUCCAUCGAGACCUUUACAAGCACAAGAUGAUGCUUCACUUGCUGCCUCUGGGAAGAUUUGCAAAGGAUAGGCAGCAGCUGAGAGCCAUGUCAGAGGAAAUGCCCAGCCUCCAGACUGAACGGACCAGGAGGACUUCCAGCAAAAUGAAAUACCUUGAGGAGUACCUGAAUGGUCUGCUGGAGAACUCAUUUUGCAAGAAUGAUCACAGCAUGCUGGAAUUCCUCUCCGUCGGAGCUCUGUCCUUCGUCACUGACCUCGGACCUAAAGGCUUGGAGGGACCCAUCUACAAGAGGUCGGGGGGUCACCGGAUCCAAGGCCUCAACUGCAUUGGCCAUCAUCAGCUCUGUUUCCGCUGGUCGCGGCGCUGGCUGGUGGUUAAAGACUCCUUCCUGAUGUAUAUGAACCGAGACAACGGCAAGAUCAACUUUGUGUUGCUGUUUGACCCGGAGUUCAAAGUGAAAGUGGGCCGUGCUCACACAGACACCAGAUAUGGAGUCUGCUUUGAGAAUUUCACUCGGAGUCUAAUCAUCAGAUGCAGCAGCUACAGACAGACUCAUUGGUGGAGUCAUGAAAUCAACCGGCUGGCAGAAACCUCUGACUUUCUCAAAGUGCAACGCUUUGAGGGGUUCGCUCCGCCACGGGAGAACACGCUCACUAAAUGGUAUGUGAAUGGAAGGGCCUACUUUGCAGACCUGGCUGAUGCUCUCGAACAAGCUAAGGAGGAAAUCUUCAUCACGGAUUGGUGGCUCAGCCCUGAAGUGUUCCUAAAGAGACCAGCAACUGAUAACUACUGGCGCCUGGAUGAGAUACUCAAACGCAAAGCAGAACAAGGAGUCAAAGUGUGUGUUCUGUUGUACAAAGAGAUGGAGAUGGCCCUUGGCAUCAAUAGUGAGCACAGCAAGAGGACUCUCAUGAACAUGCACCCAAACAUCAAGAUAAUGCGACAUCCUGACCAUGUAUCCUCUGUGGUGUUCAUGUGGGCUCACCAUGAAAAAACUGUGGCCAUUGACCAAACGGUAGCCUUUGUGGGGGGGAUUGACCUGGCAUUCGGGAGGUGGGAUGACAGCCAGUACCGGCUAACUGACCUGGCCAACAGUGUAACCGAGGAGGAGCCCAAAGGAGACGCAGUCGAUAAUGGCGUGUCUGAUGGUUCAAAGCCAUCUGAACCAGAUAAGCAAGUGGAGCAGGACCCCGAUGACCUGACCGGCAACACUAAACUGUGGCUUGGCAAAGACUACAGCAACUUUAUCAAGAAAGACUGGGUCCAACUGGACAGACCGUUUGAAGAUAACGUCGACCGUACUCAGAUUCCCCGCAUGCCGUGGCGUGAUCUGUCUGCAGCUGUUCAUGGCAAAGCUGCCAGGGAUGUAGCCCGUCACUUCAUCCAGCGCUGGAACUUCACCAAGAUCUUCAAAAACAAGUACAAGGACGAGUUCUACCCUUAUCUUCUUCCAAAGUCUAACUGCACUGCUGACUCGCUCUCAUUCACGGUGCCCGGAUCCAGCAAGGCCAAAGUGCAGGUGUUGCGCUCUGCCGACCGCUGGUCGACUGGAACCAAUGAGAGCUCGAUCCUUAAUGCCUACGUCCACACCAUCGAGAACAGCGAGCACUACAUCUACAUCGAGAACCAGUUCUUUAUCAGCUGUGCCGAUGAUGGGAAGACCAUCUAUAAUGGGAUCGGGGAUGCAAUUGUGAAUCGAAUCUUGCGCGCUCACAGAGAGCAGAAGAAGUUCAGGGUGUUUGUGGUGGUUCCUUUGCUUCCUGGAUUUGAAGGAGACAUCAAAUGUGGAGGUGGAAAUGCCAUCCAAGCUAUUCUGCACUUCACUUUCAGGACCAUGUGCCGAGGGGAGCACUCCAUCCUCUCAAGGCUUAGUGAAGUUAAGGACCUGUGGACGGAGUACAUCACACUCUGUGGCCUGAGAAAACAUUCCCAGCUCUCCCAGUCGCUUGUCACAGAGCUCAUCUAUGUUCACAGCAAGAUCCUCAUUGCUGAUGACCGCUGCUAUAUCAUUGGAUCAGCCAACAUCAAUGACCGCAGCAUGCUGGGCAACAGAGAUAGUGAGAUGGCAGUGUUUGUGGAAGAUGAAGACCGGGUCCGUUCCCUCAUGGGAGGGGAGGAGUACCAGGCAGGACCCCUCACACUCGCUCUGCGUAAAGAGUGUUUCAGUGUUCUUGUUGGAGCUUCUUCAGACCACAGUGUCAAUGUUGAUGAUCCAAUCAGCGAUGAAUUCUUCUUUUUGGGCUGGAAUGCAUCUGCUAAACUGAAUACCACUAUUUACGACAAGGUCUUCAAAUGCCUGCCCCACAACGCUGUCCACAACAUGCGACAGCUAAAGGAAUACGCCAGUGAGGACCGCCUCUGUGACACAGCCGAGCAGGCCAGAGAGGAGCUCAAGGCUGUCCGAGGGCUGCGCCACUUCCCCUUGAAGUUCCUGUGUGAGGAGAACCUGCUGCCUCCACUGAACACUAAAGAAGGCAUGGCUCCUGUGGGGCUGUGGACAUAACCGCAGCUGAGCUCAGAUCAGACCACCACGUAACAGCUAAGGGGCUGCUGCACCACUUGCGCCUCCUCGUAGUUUCUAAUGGUUCAGCACAGUACACUUAAGUAGUUACAACACUUUGACGCUGCAAUGGUGAGGACAGACAUCACUUCAACACAGUUUAUGUUUUUUAUAUUGUCUCUUUGACUGACAAUGAGUCUGCACAUAACCAUUGAAAUGUAGGAUUUCUUUACCCUGAUUUAGAACAGUAGCUUAACCUGAACUGUCCAGUUUUCUUCCGCGAUGAUCGUGUGUGCUGCAUUACUUGGACUACAGUGCAAUCUGAAGUUCAGGGCUGGGCGGUGGUGUUAGACACGACAUAAACGAAUGUAUGAGUCAGGAGAGGAUUGCGAGGUUGUAUUGGGAAAUCAAGCAUUUCACAUGAUCGGGGAACAUAGUGUACAUUUAUUGGUGCAGGGUUUUUGGGUGGGUGGGUGUCUCUGUCUCUCUCUAUCGCACUCCCUCUCUCCCUUGGAGGCUUCACCUCUCACUGCAGUGCCAGCAAAUCUCUCAGAACAUUUGUGGUUGUUAUGGUUGACGGAUAUAAAGAGGUGACUGGAUUGUAGCUGAAAUAUAAAACUGGAUAGGGCAGAGAAGGGAGGAGUACUGAUGAGAGGGAUAACUUACUACAUCAGGAUGGUGGACCGGAAAAUAGAUGGUAAUAUGUUGAAAGAGGACGGAUCUUUUCUGUGGAAGCAAAUCAUUUUCAAUAUUUUUGGAUGGAUGAUCAGGUGGGAAAGCUAUU